UAUGAAUACAGCUGAGGCAAAGGUUGUUUCUUCAAAGAAUGCGCAUGUACAUAGGCUCCAUCACCAUUCCGGAGAGCAUAAACACCAUUCUGGAGAGCAUAAACACCAUGCCAAGUCUUCGACUGGUGCGACAGCAACCGCCGCGCCCCUUACGGCAACCGGGAAGAAGCCGGCGCCCACUUCGGAGGAGCGAAGGCACGGCGGUGAAAGUGAGACAGCUCAUGCAAGGAGUACAACAGCCACGGAUCAAAAGGAGACGGGACGUGAUGACAAGAAGGAGACAGCGACUGCGAGGAGCAUAGACAAGCACCAUCAGCAUGAGAAGCACCAUUCACACCAUCCGACGGAGCAUGCACGCCAUUCGAAGGAGCAUGCACGCCAUGCAACAGAGCAUGCGCACCAUUCGAAGGAGCAUGCACACCAUUCGAUGGAGCAUGUACACCAUGCGCAGGACAAGCCUAAAAAUAUUGACGCACUGAAGAGGGAUGAAGAAACAGUGAGCGCGAAGGAUCUGCGUCGGCUUCGAGUGAUCGAGCAGUGUUACUACGACCUCGGACCGCAAAUCUCGAUGCUAAAUCGAGAGAACCAAAAACUCAUUCGCCGGGAGCAACUUCGGCUCGAGGAGUCUCGUCGUGGUGACUGUGUCACUUUUGGGACUACGGACCGAAUCGCAGAUGGCGUUGAUGGACCAUUCUUGAGCAGUAAAGGGAUGUCAACGGUGAAACGCACAAGGGAGAUAGAGGCUCAUGCGUCCAACGGAUUGCGUAUCUUGUUGAACCGUUUAAAUACAAGUCUCACCGGGGGCCUUCUUUGGGUCCGACAUUUGAAUGGGGUGUCCUCAAGAGUGGCCUCGCUACCAAUAGUACGUAAUGAGCCAGUGUUAACAAAAACGGCCUCUCAGCAGAGUCAAGCGGAGGAUCAUUAUCUUUCGUUCCGGGAGGAGGGAGAUUUUCGUUACGUGUUCCUUCGUACUGGAGAUCCUCUGCUAGAGGUGUACUCUCUGCCUGAUAAAGAACCGUCGGGAGGGACGAGACUUCUGGCCACCUUUGACCAACUGGUGUUCCAGUGCCAGGGUCAGACUUUCGUUGGUUACCAAGAGGGGAGCCCGGUCGUCGAGCUAGACUGCUUUGCAGGCGGGACAGAGGAGCCAGACCGAGUUUUUUCGAAGUGGCUGCUGCUCCUUGACGCAGUCGGCGCGCUUGCCAGACGAAAAAACUAAAGACUUUCAAGGGACACAUAGCGAAUGUCGAUGACUGGAUCGGCUUCCUCGAUAAGGUGCGGGACCCUCCCAGAGAUCAAAAUUUUUUCCAGAGACUGAUCGAGAAUUUUCCUGUCAUACGCCUUUUCGUUAUUGAGUUUGGUACAGGAAGAGAAAUGUUAGUCAAUGUAUGAUGCAUUUCUUCGUAAAAGAUGAACGUAAAAAGACGCAGUGACCACGACCCGAGCGACUUUGAGAAUCCGGUUUACAGACUCGCGCCGUCUCGACAUGGUCUUUGGAUUCGCUCGAUCUCUUUCCUUCGUAGAUUGUUUGAGAAACAAAGGAUUUUUCUUUGAAGUGGAAUCCCAGAAUUUGUUGUGUCUUGUCGUGUGAUAUUUGACCGACAUGUCGGCAUCAAUCGAAGUAUCUUGAUGUUCUUCGUUAUAACAUGAGUACUAUGUAUCAAUCGCUAUAAGAUGUGGACGGUUGUCCUCCUUCCACUUUGAGACUUCUUACGUCAAAUGAAGCGAUGCCUUCAAAUCUCGUCUAGUUCGUUGCACACACCGAAAUGUCGACGGAUAUCUUGAUCUUCUGUCGCAGGAGCCUCUAUUUGAGAAUGUGGAUCAUGUGUAACUUCAUACCUCCG